CCGGAAGGUGGGGCUUUAUUGCAGGAGCGGUUUGCAUUUGGACUACUACUACAAAACAGUGUAUUAAUGCAGCUGUUAAGAUAGCAUCAGCCGAGGGAGGAACUAAUAACCCUGGUGAGGUAGAGUGUCCAGGUGCAGAGACGUGUAGACGCGGGUGUGCAUGCAUGAGUGUGUGUGUGUGAAAGUGCACAAAGAAGAAUCCAGAGAUGGCGACCAGUAAGAGUAAAAACCAGAGCUCUCUGGCACUGCACAAGGUGAUCAUGGUGGGAAGUGGAGGUGUGGGGAAGUCGGCCCUCACACUGCAGUUCAUGUAUGAUGAGUUCGUGGAGGACUACGAGCCCACCAAAGCAGACAGCUACAGAAAGAAGGUGGUGCUGGAUGGGGAGGAGGUCCAAAUAGAUAUUCUGGACACAGCUGGUCAGGAAGACUACGCUGCCAUCAGGGACAACUAUUUCCGCAGUGGCGAGGGCUUUCUGCUGGUCUUCUCAAUCACAGAGAACGAGUCCUUCUCUGCCACUGUAGAGUUCAGGGAGCAGAUCUUGCGGGUGAAGGCAGAAGAAGAUAAGAUCCCUCUUUUGUUGGUAGGGAACAAGUCGGACUUGGAAGAGCGGAGACAGGUGUCUGUGGACGAGGCAAGGACAAAGGCUGAAGAGUGGGGAGUCCAGUAUGUAGAGACAUCAGCCAAAACCAGAGCCAAUGUAGACAAGGUAUUCUUUGACCUGAUGCGUGAAGUACGAGGAAAGAAAAUGUCUGAAAACAAAGAUAAAAAUGGAAAAGGAAAGAACAAGAAGAAUAAGAAGAGCUUCAAAGAAAGAUGCUGUUUACUUUGAACCCAUCCAAGACCUUAAAAUCCCACAGAACAUCUGUUAACUUGUGAAACAGAGCAGAGCGUCCACGCCAUUAUUUGAUGAAAUUUGAUCUUUUUUUAUAUCUUGCUAUAAGUUAGUAUUUAGAACAAUCGCAACCACUGUUUGUACCUUUUGACAGGUCUUAGUUGUUUCAUUGGAAGAUAACCACUGUUGCGACAGUGUGGCAGUGCUUGAUUGGCUACAACAAGCCAAUGACCAAACUGCCUCUGACAUACUGCUGCUCAAGCCAUUCUCCACUGUUUAACUCAGCGAUUUUACUGCCUUUGACUUUCAUUGUGUUUACACAAGAAUUGUAAAAUUUGACUAGUAAACAGUGCUCUUACUUUCUUUACAUGUUUUUAUCUUUAACUUGCGUAAAUAUCCGCUCUGUUAGAACAAAAUCUAAGUAUGGUCAUCAACUAACCAGGAACUCUAAUGCUGCUGUCUGUCAUAUUUGUUACCUUUGAUAAUGACCUGUCCUGUGAAGAUGUUUGCCUCAUGCAUUAGUAUUGUAGAGCUCCAAUCUUCAUGACUUCAAGGCCAGUUUGGAAUGUCUGUAAAAAGCAGAACUUUGAAAUGUUUGCAUUUUGAGCCCUCAAUGAUUCUGUUAUCUACUUCAAGGUCAUCCAAGGAUUUGUGGUUUAAUUUUCUGACUGUAGAAGAAUCAGACAAUCAGUGCAAUUAGAGGACUUGCUGCUCAACAGGGGUUUUUGAUUCCACUGUUAUUUGGCUUUUACUUGAUGACAGCAAAUCAAUCAAGAGAUGUUUGAAUUUUUUUUAAGGAGGCCUACAGCAAAAUCAAAUCUUGACACUAAAUCAAAAAUAACCCCACAUUUAUGUUGAGGUCUUUUGUCAACAUCUCAAACAGGAACUGAAAAAUAUAAGAAAUAUUUUCCUUGAAGAGAAGGUCGUAGUGUGGUUACUAGCAUUUCGUUGUUGUAAAUCAGCUGUUACUAAGGGAGAGAUUGUUCUGCCUUGUCUAUGUAACCUGACCCCUCUCACCUUAAUCUCAAUGCAGAUUUCUUUACAGUGUGCAUAAAUGGGGAAGUUUGAAAGCUAGCUGUGUUACAAAUGUGGACAAUCUUUGUCUAUGAUUGCUUAAACAACAUUUUAUUCAAUUUUUUUAAACAUAUUUUUUAAUUACCGUACUUUUAAAUAACAUGCACUACAUUGCAGAGAAAAGGACUUGAUUGAUGAAGCGGUGUCUGACUUUUUUAAACAUUUUGUGCCAACAAAACAACAUGAACUCAAACCAUGUUUGUGGAUGAACAGUUUGUGUGUUUAAUGUGAAUUUAGAGGAAAAUCCUUCUACCUUUCUUUGUGUGAAUGAAGCUUUGAUGAGAGCACCAACUGCUUAGCUGUUUUGUAAUGUAGUGCUCCAGUGAACAUGUUUUAACCACUGCCUAAACAGUUCUUUGUAAUAUGUCCUCCCAUUUUCUUUUACUUCCCACUGCCGUGAGUUUGCUGUAGCGAGUGUGUUCCUGAAUAAAUAUUUUUUUCUUUGUAAAUUGUU